AUGUUGUCUGCACGUUCAAGUCUAAGGGCUCCAUUAAAGCGUACCUUAGCAACUGCUACUAAUAUUGGUAGAGAUUCAAAAGUUAAUCAAAAUUUAUUAGAAUCUCAUUCCUUUAUUAAUUAUAAAGAAAAUUUAAAAAAUGUCGAUAUUGUUAGAAAAAGAUUAGGUAGACCUUUAACUUACGCUGAAAAGAUUCUUUAUGGUCAUUUAGAUAAACCACAUGAUCAAGAAAUUACUCGUGGUGUUUCCUAUUUAAAAUUAAGACCAGAUAGAGUUGCUUGUCAAGAUGCUACAGCUCAAAUGGCAAUUUUACAAUUUAUGUCUGCUGGUUUACCAGAAGUUGCUAAACCUGUUACAGUUCAUUGUGAUCAUUUAAUUCAAGCUCAAAUUGGUGGUGAAAAAGAUUUAGCAAGAGCUAUUGACUUAAAUAAAGAAGUUUAUGAUUUCUUAGCUACUGCAACUGCUAAAUAUAAUAUGGGUUUCUGGAAACCAGGUUCUGGUAUUAUUCAUCAAAUUGUUCUUGAAAAUUAUGCAUUCCCAGGUGCUUUAAUUAUUGGUACAGAUUCUCAUACUCCAAAUGCUGGUGGUUUAGGUCAAUUAGCUAUUGGUGUUGGUGGGGCAGAUGCAGUUGAUGUUAUGUCUGAUUUACCAUGGGAAUUAAAAGCUCCAAAGAUUCUUGGUGUUAAAUUAACUGGUAGAAUGAAUGGUUGGACUUCUCCAAAGGAUAUUAUUUUAAAAUUAGCUGGUAUUACAACUGUUAAAGGUGGUACUGGUAAGAUUGUAGAAUAUUUCGGUGAAGGUGUUGAUACUUUCUCAGCUACUGGUAUGGGUACAAUUUGUAACAUGGGUGCUGAAAUUGGUGCCACUACAUCUGUUUUCCCAUUCAAUAAAUCUAUGGUUGAAUAUUUAGAUGCAACUGGUCGUGAUAAGAUUGCAGAAUUUGCGAAGGUUUAUCAAGGUGAUUUAUUAUCUGCCGAUAAAGAUUGUGAAUAUGAUGAAGUCAUUGAACUUGACUUAAAUACUUUAGAACCUUAUGUUAAUGGUCCAUUCACUCCAGAUUUGGCUACUCCAAUCUCUAAGAUGAAAGAAGUAGCAGUUAAGAAUGAUUGGCCAUUAGAAGUUAAAGUUGGUUUAAUUGGUUCUUGUACUAACUCUUCUUAUGAAGAUAUGUCUCGUGCUGCCUCUAUCGUUAAAGAUGCUGCUACUCAUGGUUUGAAGGCUAAAUCUAUUUUCACCGUUACUCCAGGUUCCGAACAAAUUAGAGCCACUAUCGAACGUGACGGUCAAUUAGAAACCUUCAAGGAAUUCGGUGGUAUUGUUUUAGCUAAUGCUUGUGGUCCAUGUAUUGGUCAAUGGGAUCGUAGAGAUAUUAAGAAGGGUGAUAAGAACACUAUUGUCUCCUCUUAUAACAGAAAUUUCACUUCUAGAAAUGAUGGUAACCCACAAACUCAUGCUUUCGUUGCUUCACCAGAAUUAGUUACCGCUUUUGCCAUUGCUGGUGAUCUAAGAUUCAACCCAUUAACUGAUACUCUAAAGGGUGCUGAUGGUAAAGAAUUCAAAUUGAAACCACCAUUCGGUGAUGGUUUACCAACUAGAGGUUACGAUAAAGGUAACAAUACUUACCAAGCUCCACCUGCUAACAGAGAUUCCGUUGAUGUUAAGAUUGCUCCAAGCUCUGAUCGUCUACAAAAAUUGGCUCCAUUCAAGCCAUGGGAUGGUAAGGAUGCUUUAGACAUGCCAAUCUUAAUUAAGUCCCUAGGUAAGACCACCACUGAUCAUAUCUCUAUGGCUGGUCCAUGGUUGAAGUACAGAGGUCAUUUGGAAAACAUUUCCAAUAACUAUAUGAUUGGUGCUAUCAAUGCUGAAAACAAAAAGGCUAACAGUAUUAGAAACGUUUACACUGGUGAAUAUAAGGGUGUUCCAGAUACUGCUAGAGAUUACAGAGAUCAAGGUGUUAAGUGGGUUGUUAUCGGUGACGAAAAUUUCGGUGAAGGUUCCUCUCGUGAACACGCGGCUCUAGAACCAAGAUUCUUAGGUGGUUUUGCUAUUAUUACUAGAUCCUUUGCAAGAAUUCAUGAAACUAACUUGAAGAAACAAGGUCUAUUACCAUUGAACUUCAAGAACCCAGCUGACUAUGAGAAGAUUAACCCAACUGAUAAGAUUGAUAUCGUUGGUCUAAAGGACUUCGCUCCAGCUAAGAACUUAACUAUGAUUGUUCACCCAGAAAAUGGUGCUUCUUGGGAUUGUGAAUUAACUCACACUUUCAACAAGGAACAAAUUGAAUGGUUCAAGUACGGUUCUGCUUUGAACAAGAUUAAGUCAGGUGGUAAAUAA